AUGCUUUUGGAUGAUAAAGUUUCUCUGUAUUCCUACUUGCUCAAACUUCUGUCUAAUCUAUCUUUGUUCUCUUCUUCUUGUGCAAUCUUUUCCUUGCUUCCAGUGGCUGCUACAAAGAACAAAGGUAGAGGCAGCCAAGGGCAGUUUCCACUUACACAGAACGUCACGGUCGUUGAAGGAGGAACAGCAAAUUUGACCUGCAGGGUCGAUCAAAAUGAUAACACCUCCCUCCAGUGGUCAAAUCCAGCUCAACAGACACUGUACUUCGAUGACAAGAAAGCUCUGAGGGACAACAGAAUUGAGCUGGUCCGAGCUUCAUGGCAUGAACUGAGUAUCAGUGUCAGUGAUGUGUCUCUGUCGGAUGAAGGGCAGUACACCUGCUCUUUAUUUACUAUGCCUGUCAAAACUUCCAAGGCUUUUCUUACUGUUCUCGGUGUUCCUGAGAAGCCACAAAUUACUGGAUUUACCUCACCAGUUAUGGAAGGAGAGAGGAUGCAGCUAACUUGCAAGACGUCUGGUAGUAAACCAGCAGCUGAUAUCAGAUGGUUCAAGAAUGACAAGGAAGUUAAAGAUGUUAAAUAUUCGAAAGAAGAAGAUGCAAAUCGUAAAACGUUCACAGUCAGCAGCACGCUGGAUUUCCUAGCAGAUCGCAAUGAUGAUGGUGCAGUUGUAAGUUGCAGAGUAGAUCAUGAGUCCCUAAACUCUACACCUCAGAUAGCAAUGCAGGUUCUAGAAAUCCACUAUACACCUUUAGUUAAAAUCAUUUCUUCCAAUUCAUGGCCUGAAGAAGGACAAUCUAUAGUUUUGACUUGUGAAUCCAAAGGAAAACCAAUGCCAGAACCAGUAUUGUGGACAAAGGAUGGUGGAGAACUGCCAGAUCCAGAGAGAAUGGUUGUCAACGGCAGGGUCCUAAGCAUCAGUUUCCUAAAUAAAACGGACAAUGGCACAUACCGAUGUGAAGCAAAAAAUCCUAUUGGCCGAAACAGCACAGAAUAUGUCCUGAUAGUACAUGAUGUUUUCAACACUUUGCUUCCCACUACUGUCAUCCCCUCCCUUACCACUGCAACAGUCCCAACCACUGUAGCCUUAACAACCAGCACAACCACAUCGGCAACAGCCAUCAGCACCAGAGAUCCAAAUGGUUUUGCUGGACAGACUGGACCUGACCAUGCUCUUAUAGGAGGAAUAGUGGCUGUAGUUGUCUUUGUAACACUAUGUUCUAUAAUUCUCCUUGGUCGAUACCUGGCAAGACAUAAAGGAACAUAUUUAACAAACGAAGCAAAAGGAGCUGAAGAUGCACCUGAUGCCGACACAGCCAUUAUCAAUGCAGAAGGCAGUCAAGUCAAUGCAGAGGAGAAAAAAGAGUAUUUCAUUUAG